UUUUGUGAUGAAAGGGUUAGAAAGAGGGAAUUCUCAAAAGAAUCAAUAGUAAGGCGGUGGUGGAGGGGAUGAGUAUGGAAUCCCCACGACUGGCGGCAAUGGCCCCAUGUACUCUGGCGGUGGAGGAGGAGGGCUUUUGUGUAAUCUUGGCGACGGUGGAGGUGGGGAUGGGUAAAAGAUUGGCGCCGGCGGUGGGGAUGGGUGAUGGAUUGGCGGUGGUGGUGGUGGGGAAGGAGACGGCGGUGGUUUAUAGGGUGGGAUUGCUGGUGGCGCAGGGGGUGGAUUUUCCACACACGGCGGCGGAGGUGGAGGAGACAGGUAGGGGUAGA